CAUGCGCAAAAACUCUAGACUGGCGAGUCCGAGAUGGGGAAGUUUCUUAAGGCCGGUAGAGUCGUCCUCGUUCUAAAUGGUCGAUACGCAGGAAAGAAGGCCGUCAUAGUGAAGAACCACGACGACGGAGACAGCCGACGACAGUACGGGCACGCUCUAGUCGCCGGCAUCGCCCGGUAUCCACUCAAAGUGACAAGACGAAUGGGAACGAAACGUUUGGCAAAGAGGUCAAGAAUAAAACCGUUCGUGAAGGUUUUUAACUACAACCAUCUCAUGCCCACUCGGUAUUCGGUAGACGUAAGUGUAGACAAGACUGUUGUAAACAAAGAUGUCUUUUCGGAACCUUCCAAGAAGCGGAAAGCAGUGAGAGAGGUGAAGGCCAAGUUUGAGGAAAGAUACAAGACGGGAAAAAACAGGUGGUUUUUUCAGAAGUUGCGGUUCUAGAUGUAUUAUAAUGUGACUAGUGCACGUAGCUACUGGGCUCCUGAUAUGAUGAAUAAAAUCAGUGAAACUUCAUUUGGUGGUGAAUUUAUGAGAAUUUGUACA